AUGUCCAAUGACCUGAGAAUUCUGCAAAGUGACUCCUCCCUGAUGCUGAGUGAGUACUGGGACCAGCAGCAGUUCAGUAGUGCUAAUGAUGAGCGUGAGAAAUUACUAAAGGAGAGCUUACAUUGUACGUGGGGAAUCUUUCCUUUUAAACAACUGAAGAGCAAAAUACAUGAGCUUUUCAGUAGCUGUGGUGAUGUCAGGAAUACAUGUAUGGGCAUGGAUAGAAUAAAGAAAACGGCAGGUGGUUUCUGUUUUGUAGAAUACCAUUACAGAGCUGAUGCAGAAAAUGCCAUGUGGUUCCUAAAUGGGACCUUCCUAGGUGACCGUAUUAUCCACACUGAUUGGAAUCCAGGUUUUAGAGAGGGCAGACAGUAUGACCACGGUCAUUCUGGGAGCCAGUAA